UGCCUUCGGGGACUCUAGAGACAGGAGUAGGAGGUGCGCCAUUCAAAUGCGAACACCUCAGUCUGUGUCUCUUAAACUUCGUUAGAUCCCAACCCUCAAACAUCAAUCAUCGUUUCUUUCCUAUGCAAGGUUGUGUCUGAAUCCCGUGCGAGGUUCUGCAAUCUUUGGUCUUCUUUCUCCAGAUUCUUAGUGAUGUAGUGCUUAUCGGUGGUCUUGAAUUGGUAUUAGGGAUAAAUGGGGAAGAAAGUCAAGAAGAAGAGCCGAGGUCCUCUGAAGGAGAAGCGGGUUGCGGCCCAUUCCCCAAAAAAAGUUCCCCAACAAUCUGACCCUAGUCCUGAGACUGUUGGUGAUGAAGUUUCAGUAGUAAGAGAGAGAAAACCAUGUUUUCAUCUUGAAAAGGGCGUUGAUUUGAGUAAACUGUCAGCUAGAAUUGGGUCUUCAGAACCUAUUAUGUGUGAAGAUUGUAGGGUUGAUGGUAAGGGGAGUAAGGGAAAAGGUAAACAUGGGAAGAAGAAAAGUGGGGCUGCAGUUGAUUCUAUAUCGGACUCGAGACCCAUAUGGGUUUGUUUGGAAUGUGGGCAUUAUGCCUGUGGAGGGGUUGGACUCCCAACAGGCCCUCAAAGUCACACCGUUCGGCAUGUUAGGCAGACUCAUCACCCUUUGGUAAUUCAUUUCGAGAAACCUCAACUCUGUUGGUGCUUUCUUUGCAAAACACUCAUUCCGAUUGUGAAGAUGGAAGAGAAUGGCGACCAUAAAAAUGUCUUAUCAGAUGUUGUGAAGUUGAUAAAGGGGCGAUCAUCGGAAGGGUCCUCUGUGGAUGUUGAGGACGUUUGGUUUGGGGGUGGCAGUGUUACAAGUGAAAUUAAAGCAGGAAGCAGUGUACCAAUUGAUUUGGAUUUAGGUGUCAAUUAUGUGAUAAGAGGUCUGGUUAAUCUUGGGAAUACUUGCUUCUUCAAUUCAGUCAUGCAAAAUCUUUUAGCCAUGAAUAUGUUGAGGGAUUAUUUUUUCCAGUUGGACACUUCUAGUGGCCCCCUUACGAUUGCUUUGAAGAAGCUCUUUAUUGAAACCAAGCAGGAAGGAGGAUUGAAAAAUGUGAUUAAUCCAAGAAGCUUUUUUGGUUGUGUCUGUUCAAAGGCUCCACAGUUUAGGGGAUACCAGCAGCAUGACAGCCAUGAAUUGCUCCGUUGCUUACUUGAUGGUUUAUCUACCGAAGAGUUGGGCUCAAAAAAACAACAUAAGUCCCCAAAGGGAGAUGGCAUUUCUUCAAAUCCAAGUACUUUUGUGGAUGCUGUAUUUGGGGGCCAAAUAUCAAGUACUGUUUGUUGUGUUGAGUGUGGGUACUCUUCAACUGUGUAUGAGCCCUUUUUAGACCUUUCCCUGCCAGUUCCAACUAAAAAACCUCCAUCCAAAAAGGCACAACCAGUCACUCGAGCAAAGAAAACUAAGCUGCCACCCAAGAAAGGUGGAAAGACUCGGCCCAAAGUUAACAAAGAUGCAGAUUUAUUACCAGCUCAAAGUGUGUCAAACCUAGCAGCCAGCAAUGAUAUUUCCUGCCACGAACAGGCUGUUGAGGCUGUUGCAGAAAAGGCGAUGGCGUUUUCGUGUACUUCUAUGCCAUUAAGUUCCAGUGACCUAAUAGUUGUGGCUGGUGAAAGUGGUUCGGCUUCACAUAAUGUCUUAGCUGUUCAAGCUUCUGAAAAUGAGCAAGUCUUUGAGAAUGUUGUAGAGCAAACAUCAGCUUUAUUGAAUGAUUUUACAUGGUUGGAUUACAUUGAUCCGGAGACUGUAUCAGAUGAAUGUCAUUUGACACAAAGCAAUGGUGUUUCAAUAACUCAAGAUCCUGAAAACAAGGAUAUAUAUCUGAAUGACGCACCAUUACAGGUUAGCUCUGAUUCUAGCAGUCAGACUUUUUCAGCCAACGUGGAGCCAAAUCCAAAGCCAGAUUCUUCGGUGAAUUAUUGGGAAGAUGAGCUGCCAUUACAGGUUCAAGAUACCGAUGUGCUGUUGCUGCCAUAUAAAGAAGGAAGUCCCACUACUGGGGAGAUAAUCAGAGGGGAUGAAGCAUCCUCAUCAGUUGCGGGCUAUGGACCAGAUGAAUUGGACUUUGAUGGCUUUGGUGACAUGUUCAACGAGCCUGAGAUUACUAUGGGGCCUGCCCCAAGGCCCUCUUUCGAUAACGUGGUUGCAGAAACUGUUGUUGUAGGAAACAACAGUGAUUCAGAUCCAGAUGAAGUUGAUAAUACAGAUUCUCCGGUGACUGUUGAGAGUUGUUUGGCUCAAUUUAUAAAGCCAGAGCUUCUCUCAAAUGAAAAUGCUUGGCAUUGUGAGAAUUGUUCGAAAACUCUCCAACAUGAGAGGUUGAGAGCAAAGAGGCAGCUGAAAAAUGCGUCGACAGUUUGGCUGAAUGGAGAUCAGAUUGGCAGCCAAAAUGAGCAACUGCUCUGUCCUGCUGAAGUUGGAAACUUGGCAAAUGGUUAUAUUAAAAAUGAGGCUUCUCUUGAAGAUGCUGGUGAAAUCUUGAUUUUACAUAAAGCAAAAAUGGAUUGUGCACAAAUCGAAAAUGGUCAAACAGGCGAGCUGAAUCCAUUUGUUUCUCAAUGGGAAGAAGGAACGGGUGUGAUAAAAGGUGCACUUCCAGAGAAAUUGCAUUCUUCAGGUUGCUAUAAAACUUGUCAUCAAGAAAGUUUCUGCGGUCAAGCAAUUGAGUCAUGUAACGUUCAUGCUCGAAAUAGUGUGGAAUAUACCACUGGUAAAGUGCAUCACGGUGAGUCCCUGUCGUUGGCUCAAAGCUGUGAAUCUGAGGGAAGUGAGGACGAGGAUAUGAAUUCCAAAAGUGUAAAGGUGAAAAGGGAUGCCACCAAAAGCGUUCUCAUUUACAAGGCCCCGCCUAUUCUCACCAUUCAUCUUAAAAGGUUUAGCCAAGAUGCUCGUGGCCGCUUAAGUAAAUUAAACGGACACGUCAGUUUCAGAGAAAGGAUUGACCUUAGGCCGUAUCUGGAUCCCAGGUGUAUAGACAAAGAGAAACACCAUUAUCGCCUAAUUGGAGUAGUGGAGCAUUCGGGGACCAUGAGAGGAGGCCACUAUGUUGCAUUUGUGAGAGGGGGUCAGAAGAGCAGAGGAAAUUAUCAGAAAGAAAAUGAGGGUUCUGUGUGGUAUCAUGCCAGUGAUGCCUAUGUGCGGCAGGCUUCCCUGGAUGAAGUUCUUGGUUGCGAGGCCUACAUAUUAUUCUAUGAAAAGAUUUGAGAUAGAUCUACUUUUGAUACAUAUACGUUUCCCAGAGAUACAGUCUGGGGAUAGCUUGAGAUAGCUUGAGCGCCCCCAGUUAGGAGAGAGAGAGAGAGAGAGAGAGAGAGAGAGAGAGAGAGAGAGAGAGAGAGAGAGAGAGAGAGUGUGUGUACAACAGCAAUUACCCUUGUCUCAAUACCCAAUUUUUGACAUGUCAUGAGUUGUAAGAUUUAUACCUUCAUAUUAUUUCAUCAGAAGUUUUGGAUCCCAUUGCCCGGAAUCCUCCCCUGCCCACUCCCACGCCCUAUUUUUAAAGGGUAGGUAAAUAGCCAGGGAUCUUAGCUGCAUGAAUUACCAAUGGUUUUCAGUACGAUGCUCAACUGUACUUGUCCAGAUUCUUCAAUUAUUGAUGCUGGCAAUUCCUUCAACCAAAGCUCAUAAGAUGUGCAUAGCCUUCCCCUCAAUUGUCUGUGAGGUGAUCAUCUGCUCAGGAUGGAAGUUCAAGAACAUGAUUAUUCUAAAAUGGCGUCUGCAUCAGCUCUUGCAUCGUAAAGAUGAUGGUGCAGCUGUCCCUCGCGACGAAUUAAAUACCGGUGCAUCAAUCUACAGGUUCUGAAAUUUGAUGUAUUUAUUAAUUCAUCUACAAUGUCUUGAGCAAGUUAUCUUUGGUUGUGAUAGUCUUUUGCUAUGAGCGUUGAGGUAGGCCACCUAGUUCCAGGAAGACGUCACUUUCACCAAUUAGUAGGGAUUGCUAUGUCCUAUCUCAUCUAACCGUGAUUUUAUCUCUUUGAUAUUCCUGAACUUUGUUUCUUCAAGGUUUAGGUUUAAACUUCUGCAACCAAUGAAGAUACCAAGUGAUGUGUGCAUGCUUGUGUAUGGUUUUUAAAACGAUAAA